AUCGAGCGUCGCUAUCACGAAUAUUUUCAAAUUCAAAUGAAAGAUUCUCGCCGCUCAAACGGCAAAACGGGGACGAAUAAACGAUCAAAGGGUAUGGUUGGAAAGCUGGGCCACAAGGAGCGGUGGCUAAGCAAUCCAAUAUGGUGUCUGUGUUCAGUAAGCUUGCUCCACCGGACCCGAAAAAAUGGCUCACUCCCAAGACAUCGGGAGCUCUGAUUGCAACAGCAGCCACUGCGAUUUACGUGCUGUGGAGGAGGCAGCUAAAAGAGCAUGAGAGGAGGAAGAGAAAACUAGAUGCAACUGACCUACACAUUUCAUUAGAGCAGGAUAAAGCUAUUAGGAAGGACAGAGCAGCCGUAGAUGCUGUAUUUUUCAGGAGACUGAUCAAGAUUCUUAAGAUUAUCAUCCCAGGAGUAUUCUGUCGCGAGACUGGUUAUCUAGCUCUUGUGGCCUUGUCUCUCAUCGCCCGGACCUACUGUGAUGUCUGGAUGAUUCAUAACGGCACAGUGAUUGAAAGAUCAAUUAUUACAAGCAAUUAUGACGGUUUCAAAGAGAAUUUGCUGCACUUAGUUUGCUCUAUGCCACUGAUUGCAUUGGUAAACCAGCUUCUAAAGUAUGGACUUAAUAUGCUGAAACUGCUAUUCAGAGAUAGGCUUACAAUGCAUUUAACAAAACAAUAUCUCAGUGGUUUUACCUACUACAAAAUGAGCAAUCUGGAUAACAGAAUUGCAAAUGCUGAUCAGCUUCUGACACAGGAUGUGGACAAAUUUUGUGCUUGUCUGGCUGAUCUGUACUCCAAUGUCAGCAAGCCUUUCUUGGAUAUUGUAAUCUAUGUUCACAAGUUAAGUGGCGCAAUUGGAUUACAGGGUCCUUCCAUCAUGCUUGCCUAUCUAGCCAUCUCAGGUUUUGUACUUACAAGGUUGCGUCGCCCUGUUGGAAGAAUGACUGUUCAGGAGCAGCACUUAGAGGGCGAGUUUAGAUACGUCAACUCCAGGCUUAUUACUAAUAGUGAGGAGAUUGCAUUUUACCAAGGGAACAAAAGAGAACAGUUGACAAUCCGUAGCUCCUUUGAUAGGCUGAUGUGUCACUUGAAAGACUUUGUUCAGUUCAGAUUUAUCAUGGGAAUUGUGGAUAAUAUUAUUGCAAAAUAUCUGGCAACAGUUUGUGGAUUCUACGUUGUCAGCAGACCAUUUCUCACAGAUGACAACCCUCAGCUUCGCAGCAGCUCACAUAGCGUUCGAAUGGAGGAUUACUAUCGUAGCGGUCGUAUGCUGGUUAAGAUGGCUGAGGCCAUUGGAAGACUUGUCCUGGCUGGUAGAGAGAUGACAAGGCUAGCUGGGUUCACUGCAAGAGUAUCUGAGCUGACUGAUGUCCUAAAAGAUUUGAACAGUGGCAAAUACCAGAGAACACUGAUAUCUAGCCGUCGACCAGUUGAUGAGUCUGAAGUAACAGGAGUGAAAAAAGUAUCAAUAGAGGAGCUGACCCGUAGCCGUGGGGAAAUGGUAGAGACUGAUCAUCUGAUCAGGUUUGAGCAUGUUCCCCUUGUCACUCCUAAUGGGGACGUACUAGUAGACGACAUGACAUUCGAGGUUCGGUCUGGAAUGAACGUGUUGGUAUGUGGGCCGAAUGGUUGUGGCAAGAGCUCCCUUUUCAGGAUCCUCGGCGAGCUAUGGCCUUUGUUCAGCGGUAAACUAGUGAAGCCACACCCAAGCAAGCUGUUCUACAUCCCUCAGCGGCCCUACAUGACCCUGGGCACCCUACGUGACCAGGUGGUCUACCCCGACACAGAGGCCGACCAAAGACGCAAGGGCAUCAGCGAUAAGGCGCUGGAGGAAUUUCUUACUCAGGUUCAACUGAGCUACAUCUUGGAUCGCGAGGGUGGAUGGGAUACCAUUCAGGACUGGAUGGAUGUUUUAAGUGGCGGUGAGAAGCAGAGGAUAGCGAUGGCCCGCCUGUUCUAUCACCAGCCUCAGUUUGCCAUCUUGGAUGAGUGCACAAGUGCUGUGAGUGUGGACGUGGAGGGCUUCAUGUACACACGUUGCAGAGAGGUUGGCAUCACGCUCUUUACCGUGUCGCACCGGAAAUCACUCUGGAAGUACCACGAGUACGUCUUGUACAUGGAUGGAAGGGGGAGCUACCAGUACAGCCCCAUGGACUCCACUACUAUCGACUUUGGGUCAUAGACGUCACGAAAACACCAUCUCACCACAAGUUUUACAGCCCCACGCUGACACUCUUCGGGUGCUAUAUCUACGCUAUCGUCUUCAUUCCUACAUUUUUGUGCAAAUCAAAAGAUCUCGUUGAAAUUGUCUUCAGCACACCGAGGCUAUUAUUGGUCCAAUUGAGAGGGGGAAAAUGACUGCUUAUUAACCGAGAGCGAGGUCAUGCCGGAAAAAAUCAAACCGAGGCCUUAGCGUUUCGACCGAGGCUUACGAUGCAGCAAAGCAGAAGUUUGAUAUUUCCCGGCAUGACCGAACGAUCGAGGUUACUAAGUUGUUUAUUCUAUGGCAUUUUCAUUAUCUUUUUGUAAAAAAGGGAAAAGGGAAGAAUUUUAAAAAAAUUUAAAAAUUUUCCGUAGUGCAAUACGCGCGUAAUGCCCUCUGAGGCAAUACGGGAAUAGCGUGACUAGCAAUUAGCCAAUCAAAGCGCGCGUACAGUCGUUGCCAUAUAACAAGAGCUGUUAUUGAUCCAUUUCAGAAGGAAUAUGUUAGAUGUGAUGAGCGGGUUGAUUGCAGUUUGAUGGAAACAGUGCAUGUUUUUAGAUUUUGCUUUUGAUGUCAUGGGUAAUUUAUUCGUAAAAAGAAAACAAAUUAAAGUGGAACCAAAGAUAUUUUUUUUUAAUCCUCCAAAACCCUUUUUCUCUGUUUCUUCUUUUUUUUUCUAGUCUCUUCACUAUUUUGCAAUCGCAGGAACACAGUUUUACCCGUCUUUUGUUGUCUUUGUACUUUUUUAUAUAUCGAAUUGCAUAAUUAAUAAAUGAUGGUAUACUGAUAUUUAAUGAAUAUUUGAAAUAAAAAUAACUCCUUUGCACGAUAAA